AAAGAACACACACUUGUCUCAAGUCAGUAUUGCUCCACAAGACAGGGCUGACCAAGACGGAACAGAAAACAACAUGAAUGAUGUGAAGCUUGCUGUCCUGGGUGGUGAAGGAACAGGCAAAUCUGCCCUUACAGUGAGAUUUCUAACCAAGCGAUUUAUUGGAGAAUAUGCUUCUAAUUUUGAAUCCAUCUAUAAUAAGCAUUUGUGUUUGGAAGGGAAGCAACUGAAUCUAGAAAUAUACGACCCUUGUUCUCAAUGUAAAUACAGGUGUCAGAUUCCACCACUUUCAAUGUGCUUGGUUUGUUUGCAGCCACAGAAAGCAAAAUUUUCCCUCACAAGUGAGCUGCACUGGGCAGAUGGAUUUGUUAUUGUAUAUGACAUCAGUGACAGGUCUUCAUUUGCUUUUGCAAAAGCACUGAUCUACAGAAUUCGGGAGCCACAAACUAGUCAUUGUAAAAGAGUUGUGGAAUCAGCAGUGCUUUUGGUUGGUAACAAGCAAGAUCUCUGUCAUGUGCGAGAGGUUGGCUGGAAAGAAGGGCAAAAACUGGCAUUGGAUAACCGGUGCCAAUUCUGUGAACUGUCUGCAGCAGAGCAGUCUUUGGAGGUAGAAAUGAUGUUUAUCAGAAUUAUCAAGGACGUCCUGACAAACUUCAAACUCAAAGAAAAGAGAAGAUCCAGUGGAUCUAGAUCAAUGGCCAAAUUGAUCAAUAACGUAUUUGGAAAGAGAAGGAAAUCUGUUUAGUAGACAUGUGAUCUUGAGGGUUUAUUAUAUCAGAGAAUUUCAUUCAUAUGCUAGUUGAAUUUAACCUUUGUUUGCAAUUUAAAAAAUAUUUUAGAGAUAUGAAGUGAUUGAAUAUGAACCACAGCUCUGUUUUUCAAUAUAUAGUUUGCCUUUUUGGUUGUUUGUAUUUUGUACACUCUGCUUCACACUUAAACUUCUCUUUAUUACACAAAAUCGCCUUCAGUAUAAACUAUUGGUGGAUUACUAUACAGUUUGCCUUGCAAAUGAACAUUGCUCUGUAAUUUUAUUAAACUGCCAUUCUACA